AAGCAUCACAGACGGUCUCAACAUGAUGCGGCUUCUAAAGACUCAAAGAUCACCCGCCUUACUAGUCUGCAACGGAGAAGGCAGAAAUGGGCAUUCAAGCACCACAGCUUCCAUUCUGUUAUUAAUCACUCUGUAGACAUGUGCCCCCACUGCAGGGCGUGAACUGCACCAAGGGGGAAGUUCUUGGGCCCCCAAACCACCAGCACCCUUUCCUCAGCCCACUGGAGAGGAAGCAGAGCCAUGGCUUUUUACAGCUGCUGGUUGAUCCUCUUAGCAUUUGCCUGGCACACUUCCGCCUAUGGGCCUGACCAGCGAGCUCAGAAGAAAGGGGACAUUAUUCUUGGAGGGCUCUUUCCUAUUCAUUUUGGAGUAGCAGCCAAAGAUCAAGAUCUAAAAUCAAGACCGGAGUCCGUGGAAUGUAUCAGGUAUAAUUUCCGUGGGUUUCGCUGGUUACAAGCUAUGAUAUUUGCCAUAGAGGAGAUAAACAGCAGCCCUGCCCUUCUUCCCAACAUGACGCUUGGAUACAGGAUAUUUGACACGUGCAACACCGUUUCUAAGGCCUUGGAGGCCACCCUGAGUUUUGUUGCCCAGAAUAAAAUCGAUUCUUUGAACCUUGACGAGUUCUGCAAUUGCUCAGAGCACAUCCCUUCUACUAUCGCUGUGGUGGGAGCAACUGGCUCGGGCAUCUCCACGGCCGUGGCAAACUUGUUGGGGCUCUUCUACAUCCCCCAGGUCAGCUACGCCUCCUCCAGCCGACUCCUCAGCAAUAAGAAUCAGUUCAAGUCCUUCCUCCGUACCAUCCCCAACGAUGAACACCAGGCCACGGCCAUGGCAGACAUUAUCGAGUAUUUCCGCUGGAACUGGGUGGGCACAAUUGCGGCUGAUGAUGACUAUGGCCGGCCAGGGAUUGAGAAGUUCCGAGAGGAAGCUGAAGAGAGGGACAUCUGCAUUGACUUCAGCGAACUCAUCUCCCAGUACUCGGAUGAGGAAGAGAUCCAGCAGGUAGUGGAGGUGAUCCAGAAUUCCACGGCCAAAGUCAUUGUCGUUUUCUCCAGCGGCCCAGACCUUGAACCCCUCAUCAAGGAGAUCGUCAGGCGCAAUAUCACGGGCAGGAUCUGGCUGGCCAGUGAGGCCUGGGCCAGCUCCUCCCUGAUAGCCAUGCCCGAAUACUUCCAUGUGGUCGGAGGCACUAUUGGAUUCGGCCUGAAGGCAGGGCAGAUCCCAGGGUUUCGGGAAUUCUUGCAGAAAGUACAUCCCAGGAAGUCUGCCCACAAUGGUUUUGCCAAGGAGUUUUGGGAGGAAACAUUUAACUGCCACCUCCAAGAAAGUGCUAAAGGACCCUUACCUGUGGACCCUUUACUCAGAGAUCACAAAGAAGGUGGCAGCAGGUUAAGCAACAGCUCCACUGCCUUCCGACCUCUCUGUACAGGGGAUGAGAACAUCAGCAGUGUCGAGACCCCUUACAUGGAUUACACACAUUUACGGAUAUCCUACAAUGUGUACCUGGCAGUCUACUCCAUUGCUCAUGCCCUGCAAGAUAUAUACACCUGCUUACCUGGGAGAGGGCUCUUCACGAAUGGUUCCUGUGCAGAUAUCAAGAAAGUUGAGGCUUGGCAGGUACUGAAGCACCUGCGGCACCUAAACUUCACCAACAAUAUGGGGGAGCAGGUGACUUUCGAUGAGUGUGGUGACCUGGUGGGGAACUAUUCCAUCAUUAACUGGCACCUCUCCCCCGAGGACGGCUCCAUCGUGUUUAAGGAAGUUGGGUAUUAUAAUGUCUAUGCCAAGAAGGGAGAAAGGCUUUUCAUCAAUGACGAGAAAAUCCUGUGGAGUGGGUUCUCCAGAGAGGUACCCUUCUCCAACUGCAGCCGAGACUGCCUGGCAGGGACCAGGAAAGGGAUCAUCGAGGGGGAGCCCACCUGCUGCUUUGAGUGUGUGGAGUGUCCUGACGGGGAGUACAGCGAUGAGACAGAUGCAAGUGCCUGUGACAAGUGCCCCGAUGACUUCUGGUCCAACGAGAACCACACUUCCUGCAUUGCCAAGGAGAUUGAGUUUCUGUCGUGGACGGAGCCCUUUGGGAUCGCACUCACCCUCUUCGCUGUGCUGGGCAUCUUCCUGACGGCUUUUGUGCUGGGGGUCUUCAUCAAGUUUCGAAACACGCCCAUCGUCAAGGCCACCAACCGAGAGCUCUCCUACCUCCUCCUUUUCUCCCUGCUCUGCUGCUUCUCCAGCUCCCUGUUCUUCAUCGGUGAGCCCCAGGACUGGACGUGCCGCCUACGCCAGCCUGCCUUUGGCAUCAGCUUCGUGCUCUGCAUCUCGUGCAUCCUGGUGAAAACCAACCGUGUCCUCCUAGUGUUUGAGGCCAAGAUCCCCACCAGCUUCCACCGCAAGUGGUGGGGGCUCAACCUGCAGUUCCUGCUCGUUUUCCUCUGCACCUUCAUGCAGAUUGUCAUCUGUGUGAUCUGGCUCUACACCGCACCCCCCUCAAGCUACCGCAACCACGAGCUGGAGGACGAGAUCAUCUUCAUCACGUGCCACGAGGGUUCACUCAUGGCCCUGGGCUUCCUCAUUGGCUACACCUGCCUGCUGGCUGCCAUCUGCUUCUUCUUCGCCUUCAAGUCCCGGAAGCUGCCGGAGAACUUCAACGAAGCCAAGUUCAUCACUUUCAGUAUGCUCAUCUUCUUCAUCGUCUGGAUCUCCUUCAUCCCAGCCUACGCCAGCACCUACGGCAAGUUUGUCUCGGCUGUGGAGGUGAUCGCCAUCCUGGCGGCCAGCUUUGGCUUGCUGGCCUGCAUCUUCUUCAACAAGGUCUACAUCAUCCUCUUCAAGCCAUCGCGUAACACCAUCGAGGAGGUGCGCUGCAGCACUGCUGCCCACGCCUUCAAGGUGGCGGCCCGGGCCACCCUGCGCCAUAGCAACGUCUCCCGCAAGCGGUCCAGCAGCCUCGGGGGCUCCAUGGGCUCCACCCCCUCCUCCUCCAUCAGCAGCAAGAGCAACAGCGAAGACCCCUUCCCACAGCCUGAGAGGCAGAAGCAGCAGCAGCCACUGGCCUUGGCGCAGCAGGAGCAGCAGCAGCAGCAGCAAUCACAGCAGCCCAGAUGCAAGCAGAAGGUCAUCUUUGGCAGUGGUACGGUCACCUUCUCGCUGAGCUUUGACGAGCCUCAGAAGAAUGCCAUGGCCCACAGGAAUUCCAUGCACCAGAACUCCCUGGAGGCCCAGAAGAGCAAUGAGACCCUGACCAGACACCAGGCAUUACUCCCGCUGCAGUGUACCGAGCCAGGCUCAGAACUGACCAGGCAGGAAACAGACUUGCAAAGGUCUGCAGGUGGGGACCACCAGCCGGAGAUGGAGGGCCCUGAGGAGCGGGCCCCAGCACUCGUAAUGUCCAAUUCACGAAGCUUUGUCAUCAGCGGUGGAGGCAGCACUGUCACAGAAAACAUACCAAACUCAUAAACUUGAAGGAGAAGGCCAGUCCAGAAAGAGUCCAGAGAGGAUUUGUGUGAUCACGUUCUUCAUCGGUGAUGAGGAAUCGCCCCCAGACUCCUUUCCUCUGAGGAAGGAGGGAUAAUAGAGACACCCAACACUCUGAACUUAGUUGCACUGCUUUAAAUGACAGUGAAUUGACUAAUGUUCCCUUU